CCUAAAUCUGCUUUGGAAUGUUUGGAUCUGUGCGAUAAAAUUUUAUACCCAAACAUCUACACAUUGCUACAUAUUUUGGCAACUUUGCCCGUUUCUACCGCUACUCCUGAAAGAACAUUCUCAAGUUUAAGAAGACUGAAAACCUAUCUUAGAAACACAACGUCAGAAAACCGAUUGAAUGUCCUGGCUCUAAUGAACAUUCAUUAUAAUGUUAAUUUAGAUACCAAGCAUAUUGUUGAUAUAUUU